AUGCGUUUCUCUACUGUCAUCUCCCUCGCUCUGGCGGCUAGCCCAGUCGCCGUCUCUGCUGCCGGAAACCUCGGAUUCGCCCUGGGUGUCAAGAAACCCGAUGGAUCCUGCAAGAAGCAGGAAGACUACGAGAAGGACUUUGAUGUCCUCAAGGCUCACUCCACCAUCGUCCGGACAUACGCUGCCGCCGACUGUGAUAACACCCUCUACCUCCUCCCAGCCGCUAAGAAGAAAGGCUUCAAGGUCGUCCUUGGAAUUUGGCCCGAUGUCCCGGAGUCCUUCAAGGCCGACACUGAGGCCCUGAAGAAGGCUGUCCCUGGAAACGAAGAUGUCAUCAGCGCCAUUACCGUCGGAUCCGAGUCCCUCUACCGUGGCAACUUCACCGGUGAAGAGCUUCUGGGCAAGAUCAAUGAAGUCAAGCAACUCUUCCCCAAGAUAAGGGUCGGAACCGCAGACAGCUGGAACAAAUACGCCGAUGGCACUGCUGAUGCCCUCAUCAAGGGCGGUGUCAAGUACCUCUUGGUAAACGCCUUUGCCUUCUGGCAGGGUACGCCCAUCGAUGAGGCUCCCAAGACCUUCUUCAAGGACGCGUACGAGGCUGCCAAACACAUACAGACAAUCGCUGGCAAGGCGGCCAAGGACGUCUACAUCGCCGUCGGCGAAACUGGCUGGCCCACCGACGGAGGUUCAGACUACGGUGCUGCCAAGGCCGGCACCAAGAACGCCAAACAGUACCACGACAAGGCCAUCUGCCCCAUGCUCGCUCUUGGUGUCGACGUCUUCUACUUCGAGGCCUUCGACGAGCCAUGGAAGCCAAAGAGCAUCGGCGACAACGGCAAGGCCGCUGACGAGACUCACUGGGGCAUGUACACCGCUGACCGCCAGCCCAAGUUCGAGGUUUCUUGCAAUAUCAAGAAGCACUAG